GUUAUCCGCACAACUUCAACAACAUCAAACAUCUGUAUUAGUUGUUCUCCUGUCAGAUAUGAGGAUUGCUUCGUUCAACGCGCAGAGGUUUGGGGCGAAAAAGGUCUCAGAUCCAGAUGUCCUGUCAGCUCUGGUUAAGAUUGUGUCUCGAUACGACAUAAUAGUUAUUCUGGAGGUGAUGGAUGUGAGCGGAGCUUCUGUUCAAGUGUUGUUGACAGAACUCAACAGGGUCAACACAUCUCAUCACUAUGCUCUGCAGCUCAGCACACGCCUGGGAAGGAACAGAUACAAGGAACAAUUUCUGUUUCUUUACAGGGAUGAUGUGGUCGACCUGAUCGACUCUUAUCAAUAUGAAGACAACCAGCAGAACAACAUGGAUGCUUUUGCGAGAGAGCCAUACAUUCUCUUCUUCAAACCUCGCAACACAGUGCUGAAGGAUAUCGUGCUGAUCCCGGUCCACAGCACACCGUGGGACACAGAGAAGGAGCUGGAUGAGCUGUACGAGGUCUUUCUGGUAGCCAGACAGAAAUGGAAAACUGAUAAUAUGAUGAUCCUGGGGGACUUCAAAGCAGAUGGUACAUAUGUCACAAAUGAGCAAAUGAAGGAGAUCCGUAUUCGCAGUGACAAGAAUUUUCACUGGCUGAUUGGUGAUGAAGUAGACACCACCGCAAAAACGACAAAUGACCACACCUACGACAGGAUCGUUGUGUAUGGAGAAGAGAUGCUGAGAGCCAUUGUGCCAAACUCAGCCAGGCCAUUCAAUUUCCACAAGGAGUUUGCUAUGACAGAAGAAAUGGCCCUGAGAGUGAGCGAUCACUACCCUGUUGAGGUGGAAUUAUGCAGCACUACUCCUUUCUGGAUGACAAAGAGCCUCAAGAGAUGUGCAGUUGCCAACACGCCCCGAGCAUCAGUUGACAGAGGUGUCACAGACAACUUGCAGGAUGAUGUCUUGAACCUGCAGAAAGAAAACCUCCUGCUGGAGCGAGAAAAACUUAAACUUCAGAUCAGCUUAUUAAAACAACGGCUUGCUACACUCCAGUGAAAUGAAGGAAUGACAAAAAGAUCCCAAGCGCUGCUGGUCCUUCUAAGCUGUUUUCCCAUCUCAUCAUUUCUGUAAUUUAAAAUUCGCUUUGGAAAAUAAAUAAUAAUUUGAUAUACAUGUUUA